AUGAAACUCCUCACCCUCAACUUCCUCACCUGCGCCAUCAAAACGUGCAAAACAGACCCCUCCUCCUUCCCCCUGCACCCGCGCGACGCAGAAUUAGAAAUCCAAGAAGCAGAAGUUAACCUGCCGUUUCUGCGCAACAUCCUGCCGCGCCUCAUGUGGGCGGAGCUGUCGGUUAUAUGUCGCGAGCUGGGCCUCCCCGAACUCCCCGCCACGCCGCCCACGCCCGAGGAUCUCGUCGAGCCGUCGAACGCGAACCUGAAUGCGGCGCUUGACGACGACGAGACGCACACCGCACCGACGGAGCAGGAACCGAGUCAGACGGCGAAAGACCUGCAUCGCGUGCUGCUCGAGACGUGUAUUGCCGAGGGGAAGCUGGUGUGCGGGUGCUGUGGGCACGAGUAUGCGGUGAAAGAGGGGGUUGCGAAUUUUUUGCUGCCGGGGCAUUUGGUGUGA